AAAUUAUUCAAAAAAAAUUUAGUUGUAUUAGUGAUUUAAUAUUCAUUGUAAAACUGUGAUUCAAUUCUAUUUUAAUUAUUAAUUUCUUUAAAAUAAUCAAAUUUUAUUCCCAAAAAAAUGAGUUCCGCGAUAACAUCAUUAUUUGGUGCCGCGGCUCAAACUUAUGGACAUUUAGCCACAUUUAUUCCAGUAUUAGCUGCAGCCAUAGCAUACUUUCAAUUUGAAAUGAUGGAUCCAGAAUCACGUCCCAUAGAUAUUUCUCCCGAAUUAAUGCUAGAUGAAUAUGAUUUUAUAAUAGUGGGGGCGGGAUCGGCAGGCGCAGUUGUGGCAAAUCGUUUAUCGGAAAUUGAAGACUGGAAUGUUUUAUUAUUAGAAGCUGGUGGAGAUGAAACGGAAAUUAGUGAUGUACCUUUAAUGGCUGGAUAUUUACAACUAAGUAAAUUAGAUUGGAAGUACAAGACGGAGCCACAAUUUACAGCCUGUUUGGGUAUGGUUAAUGGUCGCUGUAAUUGGCCUCGAGGAAAGGUCAUAGGAGGAUCAAGCGUAUUAAAUUACAUGCUAUAUUUACGCGGGAACAAACGAGAUUAUGAUAUUUGGGAAGCGCAAGGUAAUCCUGGAUGGGCUGCCAAAGAUGUACUUCCAUACUUUAAAAAAUCCGAAGAUCAACAGAAUCCGUAUUUAGCACGCACACCAUUUCAUUCCACCGGAGGUUAUUUAACUGUUGGCGAAGCUCCUUGGCAUUCUCCCCUCGCGGCUGCUUUUGUUCAAGCAGGUGUCGAGCUAGGUUACGAAAAUCGAGAUAUAAAUGGAGAAUACCAAACAGGAUUUAUGAUUGCACAAGGAACUACGAGACGAGGAAGCCGAUGUAGUACGGGAAAAGCUUUUUUACGUCCUAUUCGAUUGCGGAAAAAUUUACAUGUAACAAUGAAUGCAUUGGUUACACGAAUUUUAAUUGAUCCAAUGAAAAAAGUUGCAUAUGGAGUGGAAUUCUAUCGAGAGGGGGAAUUCCAUAAAAUUACAGCAACCAAAGAAGUUAUUUUGUCUGGAGGUUCAGUUAAUUCACCGCAAUUGUUAAUGUUAUCCGGAAUUGGACCAAGUGAAGAUUUAAUUCAACAUAAAAUUCCCGUAAUCAGUGAUUUACGAGUAGGACAUAAUUUACAGGAUCAUGUAGGACUUGGUGGUCUAACAUUUAUGCUAAAUCAACAAAUUGGUAUAAUCGAGAGUCGUAUUCAUGCACUGACUAAUGUUUUGCAAUACGCUGUCUUAGGACAGGGCCCUCUCACAGCCCUAGGUGGUGUGGAAGGUUUAGCUUUUGUUAAUACCAAAUACGUGAAUGCGAGUUUAGAUUUCCCGGAUAUUGAAUUUCAUUUUAUUCCGGCGUCUACAAAUUCAGAUGGAGGUCGUCAAUUACGAAAAGCUCAUGGAUUAACUGAGGCUUUUUAUAAUAAAGUUUUUAUGCCUAUUAACGAAAAGGAUACCUGGAGUGUUAUGCCAGUUUUGUUACGUCCUCGAAGUCGUGGUCAUAUAAAAUUACGCAGCAAAAAUCCUUUUGAUUACCCAUUAAUUUACCCAAAUUACUUUCAAGAUGAUUUCGAUAUGAAAACACUUAUCGAAGGAGUAAAAAUUGCUGUCGCUCUCAGUAAAACAAAAUCAAUGCGAAGAUUUGGAAGUCAAUUGAAUCCCUACAAAUUCCCAGCUUGUAUCCACAUUCCAGAAUACACCGACAAAUAUUGGGAAUGUAUGAUUCGACAGUAUUCUGUGACAAUCUAUCAUCCAGUAGGAACAUGUAAAAUGGGUCCAUAUUGGGAUCAAACGGCUGUAGUGAAUCCACAAUUAAAAGUGUACGGUGUCGAUCGAUUACGGGUUAUUGAUGCAAGUAUUAUGCCAACAUUAGUAAGUGGAAAUACAAAUGCACCAGUGAUUAUGAUCGGAGAAAAAGGUUCCGAUUUAAUUAAACAAUUUUGGCUAUCGCCCAGUGUAUUGUGAUUUUAGUUUUAAUCAAAUUUUUGAUCAAAAAUUUAAUUUUUUUAGUGGAAAGUGACAUUUUCGAAUAUUUAGAGAAUUUGAGUGCCCUUCAUAGACAAUUCUGUUGG